GCUCAUGUGUCAUGUGAAAGGAGGAGUCACAUCUUUAAGAGUCGCUUGUUACACAGCAGCACUCAGAACACAACUCAGACAGAACUGCACUAACUUCACAUGGACAACAACAAGCACCCCAACAUGUCGCCAAGUGAAGAUCUGGAGUGUGUGGUGUGCUGCCACGAGUACUCACGGCGUCAGCGGGUCCCGCGCCUGCUGCACUGCGGUCACACCUUCUGCACACCUUGUCUGGAGAAACUGGCCAACGUGGACGGCGUGAUCCGGACCGUCUGCUGCCCCCUGUGUCGCUGGAUCACCUGCACUCGGGCCAGCCUGACCUUGCCCGGGGGCUUGUGGGUCAACAUCGAGAUCUGGGAUCAGAUAGCAGAGAAAGCGCAGAAAACGAGGAGGAAGGAAGACUCCGAGGAGGAUUUGAACAAGCGCCUUAUCAGACCAAUGUUCUGGGAUUCCGGUCAUGCAGUUCUCAAGUCUUCACUCCAGAAAAUGUUCAACUGCCUCACUGUGCAUGACAAACGCAUGCAGGCCUUCUGACGCUUCCGUUGUCCUCUGACAUUCAUCGUGUCUUAUUUUUUAAAUUAUUCUUAACAUUAAUAUUCAACUUGUAUAUAGAUUUUGAAGAAACAGAAUAACUGUGAAAAGGAGAAUUUGAACUGAAACUUGUUUACUCAUUAUUUAUACAUGUUUAAUAUGUUAUCAUCAUGCCUUUGUCUACCAACAACUUUAGUCCAUCAAGAGGACAAAACACAGUGAAUGUUGACCUUGGCACAAGCUAAUAGUUUGCAACUAGUUUAGGACACUGUAUUUUGAUUCAUGGUACGUGAAUAAAAAUAUUA